UGUUAAAGUACAAAAGUCAAUGGCGAAGCGGCGAAACGCACAGUCACGAGUUGCAAGCACACGAAUACGGUCGGAAAAUUCUAAAAUAUCAAAAAGCAGCAGAAAGAAAAGUGCCACAACAAAACUAAAGAAUAUAGUGGAGGCAGUGAGAAACAAUUUGUAUUCAAUAAAAAAGUAUUCAAUUGAAAUGAAAGUGUGCAGGAGUGAGUUUUUUACACCGCGAGUGGUCAAUGCAUUCGGUGAGCAUUAUGGGGUGAAUUGGCCGGAUGCAGUAGUGCGUGACGAAGCUUAAUUAAAGUGACGCUAGCCAGUGCAGACGAAAUAAGUACUACCGCUCGCUAUGUGUUUUUCUUUUUUUUUCGACUAAAAGACUAAAGCAAAAGUCCAAGGAAAUUAUUAAGUGCACUCGAGGACGUUGAAGAAUAUAUUUAUUUGCUUAAUCUGAAAUUAAAGUGGCAGAGCAAAGCAAAUUUAUCGCAGCAAAAGUGUGACGCAUGUCUAAGUUGCGACAGUGAAGAGCGAGUUUAGAUCAAAAUAGCCACGGAUAGAACUUUUAUGGCUCAAUAAAGGUCACCUAAAAUACGCUUUCUAGCAGAGCUCUACAUUUUUUUGUCUGUGUUUGUAUAAUAUGUUCUUUCGCCGCAUGUUUGCGCGCAAGGACAGCAGUGCCAGCGGCGACAAUGCUCCGUACAAUUAUCAUAAUGAGGAUGUCAACGCUAACGACAACCACGACGACGAACGCGAUGAAGUUGGUGCUUUAGGAGGUGGCGCAACAGCGCGCGGCAAGCGCCACAGUAACAACAACGGCAAUGUGAACGGUACACUUAGCAAUGGAACCAGCAGCAGCAGCAAAUAUGAGUUCCAACGCCGACGUACUUACGGCUCUGCGGCAGCGGCGUCUUCAAGCGCGGCAGCUGCCUCCAAGCACUGUCACUCCGCAAGCACGCUACACCGCGCUGCAACUUCCGCACCGGCUACGGUCCAGCUGACGCCACUAUGGGAACACAUACUCCGCACGCGUACCUUUCCCGACAAUGUUUAUCCGGGUAAAAUAUUUGGUGAAUUUCUCGAACGUCUACGCGAUCCCGAAUGGCAAGUGCGUCAGCAUGCGCUACGCGUUUUUGUCGAUGUAUUGGUGGUAAUGCGCGCCGAGGCGGACGCGUAUAUGGAUGCGCUGAUAGCGCCAUUGAUAGAGAAUUUAGGUCAUCAGGCGCCUACCGUGAGGAAAGGCGCGCUUGACUGUAUGCGCGUAUAUCUCGCCGAGACGGCAAUGCCCGAAACAAUAUUGCUGCAGAUACUCGAUAUCGGGCUGAAUCAGAAGAUAACCAACGAACCAUUUGGAGGACGCUUAACAUGCGGUGUUAUGUUAUCCUUACCAGCGCUGGUUCAUUCGACGUUGAACACUAGCAAGCGGCAUUACACACUGCGCACUGCCAUAGAUAUGCUAGUGCAGAAGAUGGGACAGGUGACGCAUCAGGAGAUCACGCUGAAAGUUCUUUCGAAAUUACGUGACUUAGUGGGUGAAGAUGACUUUCGGGAUUAUAUGACGACGAGCGCGUAUCGCGAAUUCGACUUGUUGUGUAAUGUUUACAGCGUAGAUGACAAAGCAAAUUGUAGUGCGAGCGGACAUGGUGGUGGUCAUGAUAGGAGCGUAAAUACCAACAGAGGUGCUGGUACUUGGCAUAUGUUAACAAAGCAGCCCCUGGUAAGCUGCUGGCGCUCAUCGGAUGAGGAGCAAAUGCUCGAGGAGGCGGCUAAAGCGCGAGUUAUUAUGGAAACUGAAAUAAAAAUCAAUGAUGAUACGUUAACGAUGCGCAUUCUCGAGGCAAAGGACGAUGAUUUCGACACCGAAGUCGAUACAGACUCGAGUCCGCGUAAAUCUGUGGACACAUACCCGAAUAGUUUGGAGGAUGAUGUCGUCUGCGGUCGCCUACCAAGCGCAACACGCGAUUCUGAGCAUGAGUUAAGCGCGGUGGUGCGUUUACUAAGCGAUUCCGAGUUCGAUAUGGAGGAUGACUGCAAUGCAGUGGAGCAAAAAUCAAACCUGCGGGACCGUCAAGAAUAUUACAGCGUUGUAACGCCAUCGACGCCUUCGCGCACACCGAAACGUGUAACAUUCGGUGGCGAAGUGGUGAAGAUGCGUACGCCGGACAGCGACGCUAACACAUCAAAUAAUCGAAGCAAUAACGGGGCUGUAGCUGAGCAUCAGCACACACUCUCUGCCAUGCCAACUGGGAAUCAAAAUACCAUUGCGGCUGGGGGCGGCAGCGGCGGAGGUGUUGACGGCAAUAGUGAUAGCGCUGAGCCUUUGCAGCGCACUAUUACAACAACAACCACCACAACAACCGAGAUAACAAUUAUAAGCACGCCAUCCACGUCCGCCACUAGCAGUCCACUGCCCGAGGAGACAAACCACAGCAAGACUAUGGCAUUGAGCGUGGAAAUAAUAGAUGACAACACUAAGCCUUUGCCAGUGUCAUCGCCGGAGACAGAGCGCUUACCAGUGGCGCGUCCAAGAACAGCACAAUCUCCAGGGCGUGCGCAAAUGUCAAGCAUUGCCAACGAUGGUGGCGGCGCUGCCUCCACAGCAGACGACACAAGCCCUUUGAGCUCGUCUGCGAAUACAAACGAUUCUCAUUCGCCACCCAAGCGACGAGACUCCGUGACUAGCGCCGGCACAGUCGCCAACUUAUCACCAUUCUCACCUUCGUACAAGCGACACAGUAUCAGUCCCGUAGAUAGCAUUAUUAGUCCUAAGACGCCUCACAAACCCAUUGAGGUGAUGCACAACUUACAGCGUGAUCCCUCGCCAGUGCGUUCUCGCAGCGCACGACGCGCUGAGGUGGUAAGAGAGGCAGCGCAACCUAGUGCAGGCGAGAAAAUUGACACCUUAUUGACGACACACUCCACACAGACAACACAUAUGCCACGCACACAGACGCCCUCACCGCUGUCACCCAAAACGUGGGAGGUAUUGGAUAUUGUCGAUUAUGAUACGUUACUGGAUUUGCGUUCAGGGGACUGGUAUCACCGCCUGCAGGGCGUUGCCCAACUCGAGGAAGCUUUGCGUAACACCGAUACACUAGCACAAGUUCAACCGUGUCUGGAUAGUUUGCUUCGUACUUUACUCUUCUCUGAACGUAAUCCAGACGUGGCAGAGGCAAAGCAACAACUGCUAAUCAAUCUCAUAACGCGUUUGCCACUCGAUAACUUGGAGGAUCGUACAACACAAAUAAUGACCGGGCUGUGUCGCCAAGGUGGGGCUGGAGCGAAUCCCGUAUGCAAAGCAUUGAUGCAUCGACUGCCGGCGGCGGCAAUUGUACUCAAAUUAUUGUCGCAAGAAUUUUUACAUGCAAAGAGCUCAAGGUUCCGUGAACACGCGCUCAAAAUGGUUAUGUACUCGCUGAUGACCUUUCCUAGCACUUGCUUUGACAUGACCACCUGCGUUACCCAUGCCACAUAUACCGCCCUAAAUCGCAAGCGUCGCGUGCGUCAAGCCGCUUUAGAUGUGCUCGCUAUUUUAGGACAAAUAACCAAUACACGCGCUGUACUGGAUGUGGUACAAGGUUUGGCUGCCGCACGAGAAGAUGGCCCAGCAUUGCUUUCCGCGGUGCGUACGCGACUUUCACGCAAGCAAAUGCCCCUCGUCGCUGCUGAUGGACAGGUACAGUACGCGCUGCGUGUGCCAUCGCCACAUUCGGCGGAAGCAACGGACGCAGUCAACGGACAAAUGGGCGCUGAUAUUGAAUGGAUUGUGGCGGGUGUAGGUUCAGUUUCGCCGAGCUCUUUAAAGCGUCGCAACUCGCGACGCAGCUUUCGUUGUUUGCCCGCGCAUAAUUCAUCGGAUGUCGAUAGUAUAGCCAUGGGAACGCCGUGCGGAAAUUUUCGAACGACGGAAGGUAGUGGCACGCGAAGGCAUGCGUUUCAAUCACCACCAGACGUUUAUGAAAAUUUUAAGGAAAGCGCGGCGAGCAGUAAUAACGAUUUGCAUUCACACAAUUUCCAUCAUAUUGUUGGCAGCAAUGUACCGUUGUACUACGGGCAUGCGACAAAGAAGUCAACAAAUGCCGACUAUGGCAACUACUUGAGCCGACGACUCGUUGCUAAAUCCUGCUCGGACUCCUCCAUGGAAGGCAGGAGCUCUGAUAGCACCUACACAAGCAGCAGUGGCGGUGGUGGUAGUGGAGGCAGGGGUGGUGGCUGCGGCGGCGCCGAUGGCGGCAAGUCUGCGUCCAAGGGUAGCGGUGUUGGUGGUGCAGCAGCGGCCAAUGACAGCAACUGCGCGGGAAUUAGCGGCCGCUUUACACGUCAAGCAGUAAAUUCACGUUUCCCAGCCAUGGAUCGUAUGGCAAUGAAUACCAACUAUAUGCGCGUUCAUAAGCCAACCGCCUACAAUCAAGCAGGCAUGGGCGCCUAUGCGCAGCUACAACAACAACAAAUGAAUAUGAGUUCAACGUAUCCGAAAAUUAACUAUGGUCUGCCCGCACAACACCAGCAGCAGCAGCAACAACAGCAACACCAACAACAACAACGUAGAAGAGCGCAACAGCAACAGCAACAAAGGCAAUCACAGCAGUCAUCGUUGGUGCAACCAGUUGUGAUAGGAACACGCUCCAUGCAACGUUCGAGUGGCUUUGGUGGUGGCGCCUUUGCUCCAGACAAUUUCCGUUCCGCCGAAAAUUCUCCAAAGGAGCAUAACAGUAAUAGUAGCAGUAAUACAGCGCUGCCUAACAGCAACAACAAAGUGAAUAACAAUUUGGAUGGCACCUAUACGAUUUAUACGAACAGAGAUAAUGAUACACACACGCCUGCUGCACUGGCAGCUAGUAGAGGCAGCCAGCAGCAACAACAACAACACCAACACCAACAACAACAUGCCCCAAUAGCAGCAGCAGCAGCAACAAAUGGACGUCGCUUCGUUAAUGUCGAAAAUUUUGCAAAACAAAGGUAAGUUGGUUGGGCCUCAGAAAUGGAAGCGCCAAUUGCAAAAACUCAUUUGACAAUCUGUUAUGGCAAACAUACAUACAAUACAAAUAUAUGCACAUUAGACCGUACCGGAAAAAAAAUUUCGCUCUAAUCCCUUGACUCUAAUGUAAUUUUGCACGGCAAUUUAGAAAAAAAAAAGUUCGUGUUUUUUGUUCCCAAGGUUCAUUGACCUCAAUUACCCCGUUCCAGUACUUACACCCAAGGCCUCGGUUUUUAUUACCCCAACUUCCACCCCUUAGUAUCAAUAAAUUAAAACUCGCCAAAAAUCAUUAGGCGAAGGCGAUUUCUAUUUCUAUUUUGGUUUUUGGCUACCCCCUACGCCUUUUGCAAAUUUUCGUCAUAUCUUCGGCAUUUACAGUAGGUUCUUAAAGUACGAGAUAUCGAUGCUUUUGUCUCGAGGAUACAUUUUUUUUUUUAUGUGUAUACAUCUUUGGUUUCGGUAGGGGUAAAAUUUGCGAAGCUGUAACGCAUA